AUGUUCCUCACCGCUGGUCGCCGGACUUGUGGCCGCCCUCUUCACCUAAUGGGAACCCCCUUGACUAUUUCUUCUGGGGAAAAUAGAGACAGACUUUUGUCUAUUCAAAUCUAUCUCAGUCUUUUCAUAAUCCAUCUAUCUAUCUAUCUAUCUAUCUAUCUAUCUAUCUAUCUAUCUGAGUCUUUUCAUUAUCUAUUAUCUAUCUAUCAAUCGAUCUCUGUAACUUUGUUUCUUUCCAAAUAUUUUAUCUAUCUAUCUAUCUAUCUAUCUAUCUAUCUAUCUAUCUCACUAUCUAUCUAUCAUCUAUCUAUCUAUCUAUCUAUCUAUCUAUCUAUCUAUCUCAGUCUUUUCAUUAUCUAUCUAUCUAUCUAUCUAUCUAUCUAUUUCAUCAUUUCAUUAUCUAUCUAUCUAUCUAUCUAUCUCAGUGUUUUUAUCUCUAUCUAUAAAAGCCAGGAUAUUCCUAAUUACCUGUCUAUCUAUCUAUCUAUCUACCAUAGACUAUUCAUUAUCUAUCUAUCUAUCUAUCUAUCUAUCUAUCUAUCUAUCUAUCUAUCUAUCUAUCUAUCUAUCCCAGCCUAUUCAUUAUCUAUCUAUCUAUAUAUAUAUAUAUAUAUAUAUAUAUAUAUAUAUACAUUUCUUCAGAUUACUAAUUACCUAUCUAUCACAGCCUAUUCAUUAUCUAUCUAUCUAUCUAUCUAUCUAUCUAUCUAUCAUCUAUCUAUCAUUAUCUAUUCAUUAUCUAUCUAUCUAUCUAUCUAUCUAUCUAUCUAUAUAUCUAUCACCGCCUAUCCAUCUCUCUAUAUGUAUGUAUAUUUCUUCAGAUUACUAAUUACCUAUCUAUCUAUCUAUCUAUCUAUCUAUCUAUCUAUCUAUCUAUCUCAGCCUAUUAAUUAUCUGUCUACCUAUAUAUCUAUCACAGCCUAUUCAUUAUUCAUCUAUCACAGCCUAUUCAUUAUCUAUCUAUCUAUCUAUCUAUCUAUCUAUCUAUCUAUCUAUCUAUCACAGCCUAUCUAUCUAUCUAUCUAUCUAUCUAUCUAUCUAUCUAUCUAUCCUAGUCUGUUCAUAACUAUCUGUCUCUUCCAGCCUGUUCAUCUAUCUAUCUAUCUAUCUAUCUAUCUAUCUAUCUAUCUAUCUAUCUAUCCCAGUCUGUUCAUAACUAUCUGUCCCUUCCAGCCUGUUCAUCUAUCUAUCUAUCUAUCUAUCUAUCUAUCUAUCUAUCUAUCUAUCUAUCUCAGCCUAUUAAUUAUCUCCUAUUCAUCUAUCUAUCUAUCUAUCUAUCUAUAUCUAUCUAUCUAUCUAUCUAUCUAUCUAUCUAUCACAUCCCAGUCUGAUCUAACUAUCUAUCCCAUCCAGCCUGUUCAUCUAUCUAUCUAUCCAUCUCAUCUAUCUAUCUAUCUAUCUAUCUAUCUAUCUAUCUAUCUAUCCCAGUCUGUUCAUAACUAUCUGUCCCUUCCAGCCUGUUUCAUCUAUCUAUCUAUCUAUCUAUCUAUCUAUCUAUCUAUCUAUCUAUCUAUCUAUCCCAGUCUGAUCAUAACUAUCUGUCCCUUCCAGCCUGUUCAUCUAUCUAUCUAUCUAUCUAUCUAUCUAUCUAUCUAUCUAUCUAUCUAUCUAUCCCAUCUGUUCAUAACUAUCUGUCCUUCCAGCCUGUUCAUCUAUCUAUCUAUUCAUCUAUCUAUCUAUCUAUCUAUCUAUCUAUCUAUCUAUCUAUCUAUCUAUCUAUCCCAGUCUGUUCAUAACUAUCUGUCCCUUCCAGCCUGUUCAUCUAUCUAUCUAUCUAUCUAUCUAUCUAUCUAUCUAUCUAUCUAUCUAUCUAUCUAUCUAUCCCAGUCUGUUCAUAACUAUCUGUCCUUCCAGCCUGUUCAUCUAUCUAUCUAUCUAUCUAUCUAUCUAUCUAUCUAUCUAUCUAUCUAUCCCAGUCUGUUCAUAACUAUCUGUCCCUUCCAGCCUGUUCAUCUAUCUAUCUAUCUAUCUAUCUAUCUAUCUAUCUAUCUAUCUAUCUAUCUAUCUAUCUAUCCCAGUCUGAUCAUAACUAUCUGUCCCUUCCAGCCUCCUGUUCAUCUAUCUAUCUAUCUAUCUAUCUAUCUAUCUAUCUAUCUAUCUAUCUAUCUAUCUAUCUAUCUAUCCCAGUCUGAUCAUAACUAUCUGUCCCUUCCAGCCUGUUCAUCUAUCUAUCUAUCUAUCUAUCUAUCUAUCUAUCUAUCUAUCUAUCUAUCUAUCUAUCUCCUGUUCAUCUAUUCAUCUAUCUAUCUAUCUAUCUAUCUAUCUAUCUAUCUAUCUAUCUAUCUACCUGUUCAUCUAUCUAUCUAUCUAUCUAUCUAUCUAUCUAUCUAUCUAUCUAUCUAUCUCUAUCCCAGUCUGAUCAUAACUAUCUGUCCCUUCCAGCCUGUUCAUCUAUCUAUCUAUCUAUCUAUCUAUCUAUCUAUCUAUCUAUAUAUCUAUCUAUCUAUCUAUCUAUCCCACCUGUUCAUCUAUCUAUCUAUCUAUCUAUCUAUCUAUCUAUCUAUCUAUCUAUCUGUCUAUCUAUCCCAGUCUGAUCAUAACUAUCUGUCCCUUCCAGCCUGUUCAUCUAUCUAUCUAUCUAUCUAUCUAUCUAUCUAUCUAUCUAUCUAUCUAUCUAUCUAUCUAUCCCAGUCUGUUCAUAACUAUCUGUCCCUUCCAGCCUGUUCAUCUAUCUAUCUAUCUAUCUAUCUAUCUAUCUAUCUAUCUAUCUAUCUAUCUAUCUAUCCCAGUCUGAUCAUAACUAUCUGUCCCUUCCAGCCUGUUCAUCUAUCUAUCUAUCUAUCUAUCUAUCUAUCUAUCUAUCUAUCUAUCUAUCUAUCUAUCUAUCCCAGUCUGUUCAUAACUAUCUGUCUCUGUCUGUCUGGCCCGUUUGUAAUUAUCUACCAUCUGACCCCCGCCAUAGUAAACAUCAUAUGA